AGGAGCUGCGCGCACGCUGUAUUUUAGCGCGGCUGCUGGAGCCAGCGCUGCGCGCCGCGCCAAACCUGACGAUGGGCGCGCCGCAAACUAUUUUUUAGCGCGCCACGCGUUCCGCGGCUGUUGGAGAUGCUCUACUAGAAGGUACCAUGGGUGGAAAAUGAAGCUCCUACCUACUCGUAAUCUCUCUACUAUAUUACAUCACUCGACCAAUGUGUUAUGCAAAUCAAGUCUCACGCACAGGGCAACUUUUGCUAGCCUGUCAAUCAUCGAAUAUCAUCGGCCGUACGUCCAUCAGCUCGGAGAAGACCGUCCAUCAAUCGUUAUCAACCAGUGCUACGAAGAUGAGUUCCUCCGACGACCUCGCCGGUGGAAAGAAGACUUCGUGGCCGGAGGUGGUCGGGCUGACCAUCAAGGAGGCCAAGGAGAUCAUCCUGAAGGACAAGCCCGACGCCGACAUUGUCAUGGUGCCGGUCGGCUCCGCCGUGACCGAGGACUUGAGGCCCAACCGCGUCCGCAUCUUCGUGGGCACCGUCGCCGAGACCCCCCACGUUGGAUAGGUGGAUAGCUCUCUUGCUGGCUUGCUGUGGCCUGCAUACAUACAUGCUGGCUCACGAAUAAAUGAAUAUGGAGAAAUAAAGAAGUAUGCAAGUCAUGUGUGCUUAA